AUGGCGCCCACAAAACCAACAAAGGGCAAGAGCGCAAAAGGCGGAAAGCCAGGCGGCAAAUCGUCCAAACCUUCCGCGCGAGCAAAACCCGCCGGCAGCGCGCCCGAAGGCAUCUCCAAGCGCAAGCAGAAAUCCAUGUCCCUCGCAAAGCCCGGUGGCGCCCAGAAGACAAAGUCCCGUGCUCUCGACGGCAGGAAAAAGAAGCGCGUCUACACGGAGAAGGAGCUGGACAUCCCCAAGCUCAACGGCAUCGUGCCGGCAGGCAUCGCGAAGCCAAAAGGCCAGAAGAAGGGCAAGAAGUUUGUUGAUGACCCUGCGAGCAUGUUGGCAAUCAUGAGCGUCGUCAAUGCGGAGAAGGAGGGGCACAUCGAGAGCAAGAUCAUGCGGGCACGGCAGCUGGAGGAGAUACGAGAGGCGAAGAGGAAGGAGGCCGAGGCUAGGAGCGAGGAGAAGGAUGCCAAGUUUGAGGACAGGAAGCAGAGUCUGAAGAAGAAGAGGAAGGGACGGCACUCUGACCCUGCGCGCACCGAAGACAUGGAGAACGAGCCGCCAAAGGACAAGGGCAAGUUCAAGCCGAGAAAGAGGGUUUCGUUCGGAUGAGAUCGCCCAAAGUCUAUUCUAUACCGAGUUUACCACGUCUAAAAGUCUAUGAUACCCAGAUUUUACAUUACAUUACACAUCGUUCUUACUACCAUCUACGCAUCCGGCAGGAUGAGGCGUCUAUUGUUUGGAUCGAAGAUGGGGUACUUUUUGUCGAGUGGCGCGUCAACCUUUGCCUCCUGUCGCUCGACCUGGGAGGCUUUGUGAUCGAUCUCAUCGUGCAUGUUGGAGAGGAAAGAGGCAGCGGCUGUCGCAAACCAUCUCCCACCACCAAGCUGGAAGGAUCCGAGAUGUCCGCCCCAGUUGGUGGUACAGAGGACGGCGUAGGGGUUUUUCUUGAAUUCUUCAAAGGGUAUUCCUCUCAUCGAAGAGAUCUGGAUUUGCGUUAGCUAUGGGUUCGGUAGCUGAUAGACGGCUGUAGACGUACUGGGUCAUCUUCCGCAUUGAUGCCUAGAAAUGGAAUCCUGACACC